GGUUAGACAUGCAACGGUGGUCGGGCGUUCUUCUCAUUUCGCUGUGUUGUUUGCUUCGUGGGGCGCUCGCAUAUACCGAACCAAUCUAUGAAAUCGUCGAAGAAGACAUACCAGCAGAGGAUAUCGAAGUGACUCGGACCAACGAGAAACAAGACGGUCGGGUAUUCUCAAAAAGAGACUUUGAUGGGGCGAUGCCAGGUGUGUUGCGCUUUGGAAAACGUGGAGGUGUUUGGGAAAAAAGAGAAAGCAGUGUGCAGAAAAAAGAAAUGCCGGGAGUGCUCCGUUUCGGUAAACGUGCAUAUUUUGACGAGAAGAAAAGUGUUCCAGGAGUUCUUCGCUUCGGGAAACGCUCAUAUUUCGAUGAGAAGAAAAGUGUUCCAGGCGUUCUUCGUUUCGGAAAACGUGAUGUGCCAAUGGACAAACGGGAGAUCCCAGGAGUGUUGAGAUUCGGAAAGAGAGAUUACAUGGCUGAUUCGUUCGACAAGCGCAGUGAAGUGCCCGGAGUUCUCCGUUUCGGAAAACGCGAUGUUCCCGGUGUAUUGAGAUUUGGAAAGCGAUCCGACUUGGAAGAGCAUUACGCAGGGGUUUUGCUCAAGAAAAGUGUGCCAGGUGUUCUCCGAUUCGGACGGAAGUAAAUUAUGAAUGUGAAUGUAAAAUGUGCCAGCGACAAUUCGAUGAUCUCGUUGUUUUUCUUCUUUUCUUCCGAGCGUCUCAUUUCAAUCACUUAAUAUUAAGUUUUUGUCUCUUUUCAACAAUGAUACUAAACGUUGUCAAUUCUAGAGCUCCAUACGAUUAAAUGAAUCAUUUCCUGUU